AUGAGAAGCCGCAAGGCGAACCAGAUGGAUUUGGAAGAAAUGGGGUAUGAUGAUGAAGAACCUCCGUUAUAUGUCUGUGGAACUCUAGCAGCGUGGAUCCAGAUACUGGAGGAUCCACAAAGGGUUCAGGCAUUGCUGGAUGGAGGUGCGGAAAUCAAUGUGAUGCAAGCCUGGCUAGCGGAAAAACAUGCGCUGCCAGUCACUCUGCACGCCAAAGGAACGAUGAGAAGUGCCAACGGAGGUCUCACGCCGUUUGUUGGAAUCUGCGAGCGGGUCCCAGUACGGAUUGGGAGUUUCCAAUAUUAUGUCCCUUUCUUCAUUGUGGACACGCGCGGCGGACAUGCAGUGGUGCUGGGGAGGCCAUUUGAACACAUGAGCCGUAUGGCGCACACGAACACAGCUUCCGGGGCGGUCAUGACAACGAUUUAUUCAAUGGACAGGACGAAGGUCGCGAGAAUGAAGGUUUUCACCCCCGGAACGCGUAGGAUGGAGACCCGGAGGGACGUUUUCGAAGAUCGGAGGUUAAUUGGAGAGGAGCCGGGAAACUAG